ACACGACAAAAAAUGUUCAUACUCUUCACAAAACAUCUCUUCUCCUUCUCUCUUAUUAUCAUAUGCUUAAUCAACACCACCACCUUAGCUCAACCACCACCUUUCUUCCACCACAUAUGUGUGAACAAAGCUAACUACACCAUAAACAGUACUUACCAAAGAAACCUCGGCACCGCCCUUUUGGCCCUCCCCACCACCAACUCCGGCUUCGGCUACUACAACUUCACUACUGGCCAAGUCAGCGACAGAGUCAUCUCGUUCGUUCUUUGUCGUGGUGAUAUCGAACCCGAUGUAUGCACAAAGUGUUUGAGUGACUCCAUUAUUAAGUUAAGAGAACUCUGCCCCAACCAAACAGAAGCUAUAGGAUAUUACUGAGUCAUGCUUUUUGAAAUACUCCAACGAGACUGGAAAUACAAAUACUGUGAUUUUGGCGAGCCCCGUAAGUGUGGGUAAUGUUGAUCAGUUCAAUAGGGCUGUUAGAGAGUUGAUGGAUCGGUUGAGAGGUGAGGCGGCUGCUGGCGGCCCGUUACUGAAGUUUGCGACCGGGAACAUAACCGGGCCAGAUUUCCUAACGAUCCAUGGUCUUGUGCAGUGUACUCCAAACUUGUCGGAGCAAGUGUGUAGUGAUUGUUUGGAGGCUGCAGUAAAUCAGAUCCCAAAUUCUAGUAUUAAUGGGACAAAUGGCGGGAGAAUUCUUCAAUCGACGUGUAAUUUUAGGUUUGAGGUAUAUGAUUUUUUCAAUCAGACUACUCCGGGAAUUCCACAACCAUCAUCACCAGGUAAAGAGGAACACACAACUCUUAUUGUGAUAAUAGUAAUUGUUUUUGUGACAAUUGCGGCCAUCAUAAUUGCUUCAUUGUGUUUCUUUAUGAGGACCAUGAAGAAGAAAACACAAAUUUCGUCACCUCAUGAAAGUACUCAGACUGAAACUAUGGACAUUGGCAUUGCUGAACCAUUACAAUACAGCUUUAGUGCAAUCAAAGCAGCAACUAAUGACUUUUCCGAAGACAAUAAGCUUGGACGAGGUGGAUUCGGUGCAGUUUACAAGGGUACCCUUAUAGACGGGAAUGAAAUAGCAGUUAAGAGACUAGCAAGGAAUUCACAACAAGGUGAUGUUGAAUUCAAGAAUGAGGUUUUCCUAGUUUUGAAGCUUCAACAUCGUAAUUUGGUUAGGCUCCUUGGUUACAGCAUAGAAGGAAAGGAAAGACUUCUUAUUUAUGAGUUCUUGCCAAAUGGAAGCCUUAAUCAGUUUAUAUUUGACCAAACUAAACGUAUACUUCUUGAUUGGGAAAUGCGGUACAAUAUAAUAUUGGGCAUAGCGAAGGGAUUGUUAUACCUUCAUGAAGAUUCUCGUCUAACAAUAAUUCAUCGUGAUAUGAAGGCAAGUAAUGUUCUUCUAGAUGCAGAAAUGAACCCUAAAAUUGCUGACUUUGGUUUGGCAAGAUUAUUUAAACCUGAGGAAACCCAAGGAGACACGAGUCGGAUUGUUGGAACAUAUGGUUAUAUGGCACCUGAAUAUGUCCGACAUGGCCAUUUCUCAAACAAGUCAGAUGUCUUUAGCUUCGGAGUGUUGGUACUAGAGAUAGUAACGGGUCAAGAAAACAAAUGUUUUCAGCAUGGAGAGAGUUUAGAAAAUCUUCUUAGCUUUGUAAGUAUCAUAUCAUUUCACCAAACCUGAAUUGAAAUAACAUAU